AUUCAAUCAAGUUCUAACGAUACAUAGUCCCACACCUAUCUACCCAGUUCUUUCUGGCAUCGACCAAGGCAAAAUUUUAUCACCAAUUUUAUGGUGCAUUUAUUUUGACUCUUUAUUAUGCCGAGUGCAAAAUACAACUUUUGGGUAUAACAUGGAUGUUACAUCGCCAUUUAACCAUGGAAAUGUAGAAACCCAUCACUCACUGUCAGCACACGUGCCAGCUCUAGCAUACAUGGACGAUACCCUUUGGUUAUCACAAUCUAAAGAGUCCCUUAAUAGCCUGCUCUGUAUAGCCGACAACUUUUAUGAAUUAAAUUCUAUCCAGGUUAAUUAG